GGGCUGCCAUUAUAGUCUCUUUUUUCUUUUUUUGAAGUUGUUGGGUUUAGGGAUGGCAAUUUUCUCCGUGACCCGCAGAGUUUCACAGAGAUCCUCGCCACGAGGAUGGAGAUUCCAAGAAUAUUCCUUCCUGUGGGGCGAGAAUGGAGGCAAUUUUUUCCCCCUCUCACCUCUUAUUGUGCUGUCACUACAACCACUGCAACGCUCACCGUUCACCACCGCUCACCACUGCUCACUGCUCACUGCUCACUGCUCAUCGCUCAUCAUCGCUCACUGCUCACUGCUCACUGCUCACUACCACUCACUACUCACCGCUCACCACUGCUCACUGCUCACCUCCAGCUCCAAGGCUGGGUCGUCCUCUUUCUGCUAUCGUGUGGCCAUCUCAACUGUGAUUUUGGUGAUUCCCUUCAAGCUUUCGGCCUUUCACGAUGCCAUCACUACAACCCCUGCAACGCUCACCGCUCACCUCCAGCUCCAAGGCUUGCUCAUCCUCUUUCUGUUUUCGUGUGGCCACCUCAACUGUGAUUUGAUGAUUCCUUUCAAGCUCUCAGCCUCUCACCGUGUCGUCACUACAACCACUACAAGUCUGCAAUGUUCAUCGCUCACCUCCAGCUCCAAGGUUGGGUCAUCCUUUUUCUGCUGUCGCGUGGCCUCCUCUUCUACACCUUUGCCUUGGAUUCUUUUCAAACUCUCCAACUCUAGGUCUUAAUUAGAUCCAGUUUUUGAAGCUACAGUUUUUGUGCUUUAGUGCUUUAGUGUUUCUAACUAGUAAUUUCUAAUUUAAUUUUUGUGCUUUAGUCACAAUGGGAGCAAGCUUAGACCAAAUAUGAUAUAGGUACUGAUGUGUCUUCAAGAUUGGCUGAAGAAAGAUCUGAAAGGUAU